UCUGUGACUUCCCUCCCAUACGCCCAACUCCCAAAUCCCUAACCCUAAUCGCCAUCGCCACCGAAGCUACCGGAGUACCACCACCAGUGAGUGAACCCACCUCCAUUGCUCUAAAAACCCCAAACCCAGUGAAGCCCCCAUCCCCAAAUCCAGCGAAGCCCUAUCCUCAAUCCGUCGAAUCAGCACGUGGUUCCACCAACAAAGGAACCAGUCGUCCAAUGGAGCUCCAACAGCUGCCAGAACACAGAUCUGAGUAG